GUUUGGUGACGUGACGUCAUAGGGCUGCGCGCGCUCCUGCAUCUGCUGUGAAUCGGAGGAAGAAAGAGAAGCUCCUGUUGAAGAGACUGAGACACACACUGUUAUAAAGAUGGAGUUUAUUAAAGAGGAGAGAGAAGAAAUACAGAUUGAAGAAACAGUCAAACAUGAAGAGACGGAGGAACAAACAGAAAUGAUGCCGCUGAAAGAGGAAAAUGAAGAACUAAAUGUAAUGCAAGAUACAGAUCUGAAUAAGAAACAUGAUCUUAUAACUGGACGAACAUCAUUUAGUUGCCCACAGACUGGAAAGACUUCCUCACAAAAAAAAGCUCAAAAGACUGGAACUAGAAACAAUUUCACCUGCCAAGAGUGUGGACAGAGUUUUUAUCAACGUGGAAACCUUACAAUCCACAUGAGGAUUCACAGUGGAGAGAAGACAUACAUCUGCAAACAGUGUGGAAAUAGUUUCAUUCGAAAAGGAGAUCUUAAAAGCCACAUGAAUAUUCACACUGGUGAGAGGUCUUACACCUGCCCUCAUUGUGGAAGGAGUUUUACACACAGACAGACUCUUACUGUCCACAUAAGAAUUCACACUGGAGAGAAGCCUUUCACCUGCUCACUGUGUGGAAAUUGUUUCAUUCGAAUAGGAGACCUCAAAAGUCACAUGAGAAUUCACACUGGUGAGAAGCCAUACACCUGCAAACAGUGUGGAAACUGUUUUAUUCGAAUAGGAGACCUUAAAAGCCACAUGAAAAUUCACACCGGAGAGCAGUCUUACAUCUGCCCUCAUUGUGGAAGGAGUUUUACACACAGACAGACCCUUACAGUCCAUAAGAGAAUACACACAGGAGAGAAGCCUUACACUUGCCAGCAGUGUGGAAAGAGCUUCACUCAACAUGGAAACCUUAAAGUCCACAUGAGGAUUCAUGAUGGAGAGAAGCCUUUCACCUGUCAACAGUGUGGAAAGUAUUUCAUUGAACAUGGAAACCUUAAAGUCCACAUGAGGAUUCACACUGGAGAGAAACCUUUCACCUGUCCUCAGUGUGGAAAAUGUUUUUCAGUAAAAGGAACCCUUAAAAGCCACAUGAGCGUCCACACCGGCGAGAAGCCUUACGUAUGCCCUCAGUGUGGAAUCAGUUUCACUCAGCACGGAAGCUUUAACAGGCACAUGAGGAUUCACACCAGAGAGAAGCCAUACACCUGCUAACUGUAGAAAGAGCUUCACACAUUCAACAGAGGUUUCCUGUCUUUACAUUUAUAGAUAGAUUUCUCCAGAUUCCCUGAAUCUUUUCACAAUAUUAAAUGUUAAUGUGGCCAAGUAUAAUGACCUAUACUCAGAAUCCAAGUGUACACACACAGUAGUGAACAAACAGCAGCGGGCGGCCAUAUUGUUGGGUGUACCGGUGAGCAGGUGACCGGGAUUGGUGUCUUGCACAACAAGAUAACCUCAGUAUUGGUAUUGAGGAUGGAAGAAAGCAGUGUACAUUCUCUCCCCCAUCGACAAUCCCUGCCGGAAAUGAGACUCGAACCCGCAACCUUCGGGUUACAAGUCUGCCCAGUUACUCUCUAACCAUUGGGCCACAACUGCCCCCAUUAUUUACCGUAUUAUGUAUAGUAGAUGGUGAAAGACAUAUUCUUUGAAGUCUUGUUGAAAAUUGUUAAUUUUGAACAGUUUGAUAAUUAUUACAUUACGUUUUUCAGAAAGGGUUAAUCCACAACUUAUCUUUGCUUGAAAAGACUGGGACUGUGGUGGAUGCCUGUUUAUGUACCAAAUCAUACACUGAACAAAAUCAUAAAUGGCAUAGAUCUUUGAGUUCAUCUCAAUACAAAUGGGGGCAAAAACAAAAGUGUUGCGUUUAUAAUUUUGUUCAGUAUAAUUCCCUCAUAUUACCAGUUCAUCUGCUUAUUGUCAAAUGUUUUAAAACAGUUUAACUAGGAUAUUCUAUAAUCACAUAACUUUUAUUUUGAUUCUGUCCCAACUUUUUUCUUCUUAAUUCUGUCUAUAAAAUAAAGGUAAGAAAAAAAAAUUGUAUUGCAUUGUACAAAAUGCCCCAACAUUUUUAUUCUGUUGAACGCAAAAUUAGAUAUUUUGAAUAAUGUGGGCACCCAAACCAUUUCUGGACCCCAUUUUCUAAUUCUUGAAACUAUUACUUCAAAAAAUAUUUUAUUUUGUGUUCAGCAGAAGAAUGGAACUUUUGAGGGAGAGUAAAUGAUGACAGGUUUUUCUUUUUUGGGUGCACUUUUAAUCUGCAGUAUCUCACUCUGUGGUCCCUCUCCAUUAUUCCAGUUUGGUAAACUCUGUCCUGCAAAUCUGGAUGAAAAGAUAUGUGACUGAAAGGUUUCUGUAUCAAGCCAAUCUUCUAUUAUAGCUGCAUAUUUUCAUUGUAAUAGGAAAGCAAACUAUGUACAUUAUAUAUUUUAUUGCAAUUGUAUAUUUAUUAUAGUUUUAUAAACCCUCACACAUGCAUAUGUGACUGUAAUUAAUCACUUCGGGGCUCAGGAGAUCUGCCUUUGCAGUCAAAAAAAAAAUCCUUCAUUUAUAUAUCUAUUUAUAUGUUUUGUAUGGUAACACCCAUGUAUCCUCUGCCAAUGCUCUUUGAAUAAUUGGUGUUUGGAGAGUAAUGUAAAUACAUUGUGAUGGAUUUUAGUGGUAUAAUAAUACUUUAAGUGACAUUGUUUCAUAAAUGGUGUACUUUAAUCCAACAAGGUAGUUCUUUGUCAGUAUUUUUACCAGCAAGUGCCUGUUAAAGGAAGAUUAGCCACUACCCUUAUUGGACACACCCGAAUCAGCUAAUUAUUGUUCAGACCCACUAGAAACUAAUAGGCAAGUGUGCUGAAGCUGGUUGGAGCUAAAGUCUGUGGGAUGUUGAGGCACAAUACCGUCUCACGCAUAAACCACGAAGAAAUAUCAGCAUCCAUUUUUUUUUUUUUUUAUUGGAGGAGUAAAAUGCUUUUUUUUUUUUUUUUUUUGCAAUGCAGAGCAAAGAGCCGAUUUUGUAACAUAUGGUGUGGUCACUAUAAACCCAAGCACAUACUAGAGUGGCCAUUAUCAGCUCCCAUGAUCGUGAUGGAGCUGUAAUUCAAAUAAACAAUCUUCUGCCGAUCUUUCAUUUUUUUCAGUGGAUCGUCUCAUUCUGUUUGUGACACUGUACGCUGCAAAACCAUGCCGUGUUUUUACUACCAAGAUGCAUUUUCUGACCAUGAGUUAAUCCAUAACGGACGCAAACAGUUCUGUCACUGAAGAACUGAAACGUAAACAAAGGAAUUAUGAUCCAUAUUACAACGUUAUUGCUUCGUUGGACUACACGUGCUUCAUCAGAUGUCGUUCAGUGGACCCUAACCUUUCUAACUAAACUGGGAUUUACAGCUGUGGAUGUGUUUCUGACUCGUUAUUACGACGAAUCUGAAAUUCCCACCUUAGUGCAGUGUGUCAAGGAACUAAUAUCCUCAAUGAACAGAGGGAUCGAUACAGCAAGCACAAGCUCAGGGUCUUCCAGCUCAGCCCAAGAGAUGGUAUGUUAUUGUAUGUGUUUUGUGAAAUACUAAUCAUUCAAAACAAAAAUUUUAACUAGUAAUUGACUCUUAGCUAAGCUCCACCCUCCUUAGAUACUGUUGCUACGCCUGCCACAUCUAUUCGGUUGUUAAGUUGUGACGUAACCACUGCUGUUUCCGGGUCCUAAGGCCGUCGCCUUUCUACUGCUUUUGCAUGAGUUUUACUAUGGUUUUACCAUACAGUAGUGCUGCGUCCCGUGUUGUCUAAAUAGAUCAGAGUUUAAAAGAACAAGUGACUGUCAACAGUCAUUUUACUGUUCCCUGUGACGAGAAAGACAAGAGGAAAUGGCUGCAGUUGAUAACGUAAGUUAAAAAUAUUAAACAAAUAAAGAAACUUUGGCAUCAGUUGGUGCUGCUAACCAUCUAAAACCUGGCUGUCACAUAUUUAAUUUUUAAUCUUCGUUCAAUUACAUCCACAGUUACAGCAGUUUUUAAAAUACCUCAUCAAGAACAUGGAUGCUAGCUUACUCACCUCAACCUCAUAAACCUUCCUUUUUCAUUGAUGCCUGGACUCUGUCCUUAAUUAUGCCACCUGCACUCUGUUGGAUUUAAAGUAGUUUAAAUCCUUUUUGACCGCCGAGGGUAAUGUAAGAAGGACGUGAUCGUAAAUAAAUGUACAAGUUCUUUCAUUGUUUUGGAGAAGCGCUUGGACCCACGAGAGCCACGUGACGUCAGACUUAACAACCGAAUUAGAGUGUGUAUGCAGUGGUUUCAUACAUUCUCAAGGAGAUAAUUAGUCAUUUUUGGCUAACUCUGAGAGAGCAAAACAAAAUGGACUGAAGUAUGCAUUCGAGGGAUAUAUUCAUGACAUAAUAUACAACCGAUUAGAGAAUAAUUUCAUCAAAAUUGAAGCUAAAGCUUUUAAGUCCCAGCACAAGCAGCAGUCGUCUCGUAUAUACACUGACCGUUCAAAUUUGAAACACACAGGAAAAGCUAUGUUUAUUCACAGCAGGGUAAGUGAAAUUAGAAAAUAAUCGAAUCAUUAUAAAUCAAACAGCUUAUCCAUAAGUAUUGUGGAAUAAACAAAACAUUAACGUUAGCCUGACUACUUUGCUAUGUUAAUAUUCUCCCACUUAUAUUUUUAUCGUGCCAGGCUAACGUUACUGCUCACAUGUUGUGGGUCACAUAAAGGAGUACUGUUAAAAAUUAACUGAUUAAGUUUUAUAUCUACCUUUUCCUUGGAGAUCUCUUGCAAGCCCCAUGAGAGGAGUGCCGCGGUCGCGAACUGAUUGAGAUUGGCCGUCGAUUAACACAAUGAUUAACGAUUAUGAGACAUGCAUCAAGCGCAUGCUAACUCCUGUCCCGCCAGGUAGAUCACGUUACAAUUCAAAUGUGCUCAUCUACCACACACUCAAAUCAGUUCUGAAUGGAUCUCUUCCCCAAUCGUCCGUCCCUAACAUUUUCUAGUUUUUAUUCGUCAAUACAUAUUAGUCAUAGUCUUUGUCAUUUAAAAUUGGUUUUUAUUUAGUUAUCGUUCUUAUUUUCGUCAGUGAAAAAAUGUCGUUGACGAAUAAUUUUCAUCAUUAGUUUCGUCAACAAAAUUAACACUGAUUGGUUAACCCUGCAGUAGGGAUGCACCAAAAUAAAAAAAAUUUAGCAGAAGCCAAAUGUUGAAAAGUUUUUUUUUCCACCUUGUACAAUUUUUUUUUUUUCACCAUUUCAUAAAUUAAAGUUUAAUUAUUGCCUUAUCCAUUUUAUAGAACAACUGAAUACUUAUAUAUUUUUUUACUUUAUAGCAGACAUUAUUCAAAGCAAGCACAACUUAUAGGGGUCAUAUAAUGUCAUUUUUGUAAAAGUUAACAUUCUCAUUAGUAUUGUAAGAAAACAUAUUCUCAUUUUACUUGGUCAAAAACAGCUCUGUUUUCAGUAUGCCAAUUCAGUGCAUAUCCCUUUAAUGCUAAUGAGCUUUGCUCACUCUGCCCCCUCUGUUCUGUGUGGGGCUACAACAGUGCACAUGUAGUGUUGCCAUGACAACAGUUGAGUGUAUAUUGUGGAGAAAGAAUAGGCUAUAUGCACACGGAGGUGAUGACGUACUUCCGCUAAAAUCUCAGCCUGCUAAGCCAUUUCCGCUCGCGCUGAGGCGAUUGUUUACAAAGCGAUAUAACAGCAACUACAAUAUGACUAGUAAGAAAACGUUCAAAUUUCAGCGAACCAUCUAUAGUACAGCCGAGCAUUGUUGUGUGCCUCUGUGUCAAGCUUCGAGCAAGUACAACAGUUUACUUAGUUUUCAUACAUUUCCAUCUGACGCGGAAAUCAGGCGAAAAUGGCUUGUAGCUAUCCGGAGGGACAAAUUCACAGUUACUCCCCAUACCCGAGUAUGUAGCCGACAUUUUAACAAGGAUGAUGUUCGUGAGCCCUUAUCAGAGACGGGGAGGCGGCUAUUAAACAAGGGAGCUGUCCCAGCACUGUUUGAGUGGAACAAUUUCACCCUUCCCACUUCACGACCGGGGGUGUGGGAGAGGAGAGAGCGUCCGCCUCCGAUGACGGAGGAUGACGGCGACGCAGGCGAGAAAGCUGAUAUCCCUAUGGACCACGACUACGCUUCGGCUUCAGAUCCUGCAGUUGUUGAUUUAGCCCUUGAUGACAACAUGUCUCUCAGAGAUGAGAUUCUCAAGCUGAGGGAACACGUCGAGAAGCUGACAAUGAAUCAGCGCUUUGGAAUUCAUCGUUUUGCUGCCUCAGACAAGGACAUACGUUUUUUCACAAGAUUUGCAUCCUAUGACCUGCUGAUGAGAUUCUGGGCCUUAAUAGAGCCAUCACUGCCAAAUAUGGUCAGUGUGACACAAGCACAGAGAGGCACCUUUACAGAGCCAAGUUCCACUGUAACUCGUUUCCUGCAGCCCAUUGAUGAGAUGUUCAUGUUUCUCAAUUACCUGGCACUGGGUUCAAAACAGCGUGAUCUUGCUGACCGGUAUGGAGUCCACCAGUCCACAGUCAGUCGGAUCAUUACAACAUGGAGCAACUUUCUGUACACUGUGCUAGGGUCUGUGAGGAUCUGGAUACCAGAGGAGAAAAUAAGGGCACAUCUGCCAGCUGAGUUUAAGGACUAUGCAGACACUACAGUCAUCCUGGACUGCACAGAGCUAAGGUGCCAGUGCCCUUCAUCACCUCUUCUCCAAAGUGAAAUGUUCUCAGCAUACAAGUCCCACUGUACUCUCAAAGGGCUGCUUGGAGUGGCUCCUCAUGGGGCGGUCACAUUUAUUUCUCAACUGUACGCUGGUUCCAUCAGUGACAAACAGAUCACGCGUGAGUCUGGAAUUCUCUCCCUUUUGAGACCUGGAAUGGCCAUCAUGGUCGACCGAGGUUUUCUGGUUGAUGACCUUGUACCUUGCAAGAUUUAUAGGCCAGCAUUUCUCUCUGGAAGAUCCCAGAUGUCUGCCUGUGAGGUCAGGGAGACCCAAGCAAUUGCACGCCUCAGGGUGCAUGUUGAGCGCCUCAUACGGCGUGUUAAGGAACACAAGUUCUUUGACACAGAGAUUCCACUUCGGCUUUUUGGCAACAUUAAUCAGCUGUAUACUGUUGCAUGUCUUCUGACGAACUAUGAAAACGGGCCUCUUGUAAAGGCUUGGGCAAAGAAGCCAGAGUAGCAGCAGUAGAAAAAAAUUAAAAUUAAUAACCUAUGACCAUUUGUAUAACUACUUUCUUUAAAUGUACCUUUGUAAAUUACUUUGUAUAAAUUGAAUUUUAUAAUUAAUGUUAUGUAUGCACUGCUGUACAUUGCACAUACUCUUUGAAUAAAGAACUACUGAAUUA